AUGAUCCAGCCAUACUGCACUCAAAUUUUGGGUGAUCUUGGUGCCGAGGUCAUCAAAAUUGAGCAUCCCGUGAGAGGAGAUGAUACGCGCGCGUGGGGGCCGCCAUAUGCCCCCUACAAGCCGGGUACAAAGGCAGACGGCCCUGGAGAGGCUGCAUAUUUUCUCGGGGCCAACCGAAACAAAAAGUCACUGGGUCUGUCCUUCCAGCAUGCAGAGGGGAUAGAUAUUUUGCACAAGCUUGUUGCCAAAUGUGAUGUCCUCGUCGAGAAUUACCUCCCCGGCACAUUGAAGAAGUACUCGAUGGAUUAUGAGACUGUACGCAAGAUCAAUCCCGGUCUCAUUUAUGCCUCCAUCACCGGCUACGGGCAAACGGGGCCGUAUGCCAACCGCGCCGGUUACGACGUCAUGGUGGAAGCUGAGUUUGGCCUAAUGCACAUCACCGGCCAGCGAGACGGUCCUCCCGUCAAGGUUGGCGUAGCCGUUACUGAUCUUACCACAGGCUUGUAUACCAGCAACAGCAUCAUGGCAGCACUUCUGGGCAGGGCCAGGACGGGCAAAGGCCAACACAUUGAUGUGGCCUUGAGCGAUUGUCAGACGGCAACCUUGGCGAAUAUUGCCAGCAGUUGCCUCAUCAGUGGGAAGAAGGACACCGGCAGAUGGGGCACAGCGCAUCCCUCAAUUGUUCCUUACAGAUCAUUCAAGACCAAGGACGGAGACAUCCUCUUUGGUGGUGGGAAUGAUCGUCUGUUUGGCGUCCUAUGCGACGGCCUUGGUAAACCUGAGUGGAAGAAGGAUGCAAAAUUCAAGACAAACGCGGACAGAGUCGCAAACCGCCAACAGCUGGAGGCCGAGAUUGAAGCCGUCUCACAACAGAAAACCACAGAGGAGUGGCUGCAGGUGUUCGAAGGCAGUGGUAUGCCCUACGCAGCCGUGAACGACGUACAAACCACGCUGAACCACGCCCACACAAAGGCGCGUAACAUGGUUGUUGAAAUGGAACAUGAGACUUGUGGUCCAAUUAAAAUGGUCAACACUCCUGUCAAAUUCUCUGAAACCCAGCCGUCCAUCCGCUCCGUGCCACCUAUGCUUGGCCAGCACACUGACGAAAUUCUCGGUGACCAUCUUGGUAUGAGCCAGUCGGACAUUUCAGUCCUGAAAGAACGAGGGGCCAUAUGUUGA